AUGGCCACCACCUCUUUCGCUCCCCAACAAUGGGGCUACCGCACUCAGAAGCGCGUCGGUCUCGGAGCCGGCGCGCCCAGCUUUGCGAGUCAUUCCCUGCCAGAUCUCGAAGCGACAGCGCGCACUAUCGUAUACAGUCCAGAUGGGAGUAUCUUUGCCGCGAGCUACGAUGACAGCGUUCGGCUUGUUUCCACCGGGGCGUCGUCCGCACCCGAGGUGGUUCCAACACCUUCAUUCAUCUUGGCGGCCGCCAAGGUGAUCGACAUGCGCUUCUCUCCUCGAGGUCGGUACUUGAGUACGUGGGAACGUCCGAACAAGGAUGCGGACGGCAAUCCCAUCAAGAACCAUAGCAUUUGGAACACUCAGUCGGGCGAGAGGAUAGCGAGCUUUGAAAGGAGGAAUCAAGAAGGCUGGUGAGUGGAUGCAAUUCUCUCGAGAGCGCAUACACGCUUGCGUUAUAUCCUGACAGCUCCUCCUGUGCUGCGUCGUCGUGCGAAGUCACUUUCAGUUCACCAAUGAUGAGCAACACGCCAUUCGCCAAGUCGCUACCGAGCUGCAAGUCUUCUCCACCGCCGACAUGAAUGGACACGUGGUGGGUCGAUUGAAGCUGGAAGGUAUCACCUCGUACGAAGUUGGGCCUGGGGAAAGACCCAGUGUCGCUGUAUUUCUUGGGGAAAAGAAAGGCGCGCCAGCAUCUGUGCAAGUGUACCCGCUCGCAUCGCUCAUCCCUUCACCAGCAGCGCCGCCCAAACCGAUUUCUCAGAAGACCUUCUUCAAAGCAGACAAGAUUCAAAUCAAAUGGAAUACGGCUGGUACGGCCAUUCUCUUCCUCACUUCUACCGAACACGACAAGACUGGCAAAUCCUACUACGGCGAGACGAACCUGUACAUGAUGUCCACUAGAGGUGAUUUCGAUUGUCGAGUGGGUCUCGACAAGGAAGGGCCAGUACACGACUUUGAAUGGAACCCCAAUUGCCGGGAAUUUGCAGUCAUCUAUGGGUACAUGCCAGCCAAGGCGACGCUGUUCUCUUCGCAAGUCAAGGUCAUCGCAGAGCUCGGCGUGGCCGGGCGAAACUUUGCAGCUUUCAAUCCUCAAGGCCGGCUGCUGCUGAUCGCCGGUUUCGGAAACCUAAACGGGACAGUAGAUGUUUGGGAUCGCGAACUUCUUGGUGGCGCAGCUGGCAGCAGCGCAGAAGCCAGUGCUCGGGCAAAGCUCCACUCCUUCGAUGCCAGCAACAGCAGCGUGUGCCAGUGGAGUCCAGACGGCCAAUUUGUGCUCACUGCAACGUUGAGUCCGCGCCUACGAGUGGAGAACGGGAUACGAAUCUGGCAUUACACGGGCAAGCUUGUGCACGUGGAGAUGCAGGAUGAAAUGUAUCAAGCGACAUGGCGGCCGAAGCUGCCUUCAGACUGCUUGGCAGACCAUCCCUUCUCCAAAGCGGUUCAACCCGCGCCCACAGCAUCACAAGCCGCCAUGGCUUUGCUGGAUGCUCAGGCUGCCAAAGCCGCGGCGAAGGCUGCAUCUGCGACGGAGGCGAACGGCAAGCCUUCUGGUGGUGCAUACAGACCGCCAGGUGCUCGCAGUGGUGGCGCGAGCAGCGAGUUUGCACGGCUGUACCAAGAGAGCGCAAAUGCUUCUGCACCCUCUUCGCCAGCGAAGAACGGCGCCUACGUGCCUCCUGGCGCUGGCGCAAGAGGCAAGCGCUCGAUUCCGGGAGCUGCCCAUCCACCCGGUUCGGUGCCGACCGGACCCGCAAAGAGUCCCGGCGGAAAGAAAGCGGGCAAAAACGGCAAAGCCAGUGCGCCUUCCACGCCCAACACUGCGGCAUCGUUCAACGCGAGCAGCGAACCCUCAGCACCUGCCACCUCGGGAGCUACCGAUAUUGGAGGAGACGCGGAAGGCGCAGCAGCAAUCGAGAAGAAGGUCCGCAACAUCAACAAGAAGCUCAAAGCUAUCCAAGAUCUCAAAGAUCGCAAAGCCAAGGGUGAGACCUUGGAGGAGAUGCAAUUGUCCAAGAUCGCUGGCGAGGCGGAGCUGAGAAAGGAUCUGAAAGCGCUGCAGUGA